CACUAAGAUGACUGGUUGGUUGUUGAUAGUAGUUAUUGUUAUAAAUGGUAUUGGCGUAUGUAUUGGAAAUGGUCAAAGACUUUCGAAGGACGAAGAAAUAGAUGGCAACCAUGAUCUUGUUGGAAUCAUUGGAGGAGUAAACGCUACAGACGACGCCUGGCCAUGGCAAGUUUCUGUCAAAUACAUGCGCAGGUUUACAUGUGGGGGCACGCUGCUCAAUGAAAAUACAGUCUUAACAGCUGCGCAUUGCAUCAUCAAACGACGGGCCAGACGGUUCCUGGUCAAUGUUGGAGACUACGACAGACGUGUUCCCGAACAAGGGAGAAAUGAACUGUCAGUCAAAGUGAAGAGGGUUCACGUCCAUCCGGACUAUAACAGAAGAACUUUAGUAAAUGAUGUUGCCAUUCUGAAACUAAAAGAGCCAGUCGCUUUCGGAACACACAUCCAGCCCAUAGAGCUAGCCACAUCCGCCAUGGAUGUGUCACUGAACACAUGUUACAUAACAGGGUGGGGCCUCCGUGACAACAAAGAGCCUAAGACAACGGCGUCCAUUCUCCAGCAGGCGGCAGUAUCUGUCAUCUCUAACGACGAGUGCCAGAAAGGGCUAAGUAACCAAGUAACCGACGACAUGAUAUGUACUGAAGAUCCUUCGAGGGCCACAUGUUACGGCGACAGUGGCGGCCCCUUACAGUGUGAAAUCGAGGCUGGAAGAUGGGUUCAGGGCGGCAUAACGUCAUGGGGAAACAAGGAAUGUUUGGAUGGACCAUCCGUAUACAGCCGAGUAAGGGAAACGCUAGACGACAAAGUAGAUGGCAGCCAUGAUCUUGUUGCAAUCAUUGGAGGAACAAACGCUGCAGACAGCGCCUGGCCCUGGCAAGUAUCUGUCAAAUACAUGCACAGGUUUAUGUGCGGGGGCACGCUGCUCAACGGAAAUACCGUCUUAACAGCCGCGCAUUGCAUCAUCAAACGACGGGCCAACCUGUUCCGGGUCAAUGUUGCAGACUACAACAGACGUGCAUCCGAACUAGAGAGAACAGAACUGUCAGUCAAAGUGAAGAAGGUUUACAUCCAUCCGGACUAUAACAAAACAACUUUAAUUAAUGAUGUGGCCAUUCUGAAACUUAAAAAGCCAGUCGCCUUCGGAACAUACAUCCAGCCCAUAGAGCUAGCCACGUCCGCCAUGGAUGUGUCAUCGUACACAUGUUACAUAACAGGGUGGGGCCUCCGCCACAUAGGAGAGUCUAUGACAGCUAACACCAUUCUCCAGCAGGCGGCGGUAUCUGUCAUCUCUAACGACGAGUGCCAGAAAGGGCUUAGUGACCAAGUAACCGACGACAUGAUAUGUACUGACGAUCCGACGAAGGACACGUGUCACGGCGACAGUGGCGGUCCCUUACAAUGUGAGAUCGAGGCUGGAAGAUGGGUUCAGGUCGGCAUUACGUCCUGGGGAAACAAGGAUUGUUUGGAUGGACCAUCCGUAUUCAGCCGAGUAUCCUACAACAGAGCUUGGAUUAUUAAAUUGAUAUCAACUUUCGGUAAAAAUGCCACCCCAAGAGUUGAUCUGAACUCUGAACACCUUAGUCUAGGUUAUGGAGGAAAUGGGGGCCGCAAUGGUGGUGGAAAUGGCGGCGGUAAUGGUGGUGGCAAUGGCGGCGGCAAUGGUGGCGGUAAUGGCGGAGGCAAUGGUGGCGGUAAUGACGGCGGCAAUGGUGGCGGCAACGGUGGCAAUCGCGGCAAUGGUGGCAGCGGUGGCUUUGACGAUAGGAUAGGCAAUAUUGUCAAAGGUAUUGGCAACGGCUUUGGUAACGAUGGUAAAGGCGACGAUGGCUUUGGCAAUGGACUAAUAAAUAAUGUGCUCAAAAGAUUUGGCGGCAGUAUGGAUUUUCAAAGCGCGAAAUUUGCACCUAAUGGCAUGUCCAAUCAAUGGGCAAAGGAAAUCUUUGACAACGUGGAUUCCGAGAGUUUGAUUCAAGACAUGAACGUGAAUGACGCUCCUCUCCGUAAGAGGCGUGACAGCAGCGAAGGUAAAACCAUGAAGUGUGAAGAUAGAAUCGGCGAAUCGACGUGUCACAGAAUGAUGUUGAGUAAAUUUUACAAGCAUGGAGGGAUGCCACACAUUUUCUGUGCAAACCCCGACAACAUGGUUUCCUGUUGUCUGUAUUGUGCCUCCGCCGAAGCUAAGGGACUAGCCAAUAGAGAACGAAGAGACCUUGAUUUCCAUCUGACCACUAAGAUGACUGGUUGGUUGUUGAAAGUAGUUAUUGUUAUAAAUGGUAUUGGCGUAUGUAUUGGAAAUGGUCAAAGACUUUCGAAGGACGAAGAAAUAGAUGGCAACCAUGAUCUUGUUGGAAUCAUUGGAGGAGUAAACGCUACAGACGACGCCUGGCCAUGGCAAGUUUCUGUCAAAUAUAUGCGCAGGUUUAUAUGUGGGGGAACGCUGCUCAAUGAAAAUACAGUCUUAACAGCUGCGCAUUGCAUCAUCAAACGACGGGCCAGACGGUUCCUGGUCAAUGUUGGAGACUACGACAGACGUGUUCCCGAACAAGGGAGAAAUGAACUGUCAGUCAAAGUGAAGAGGGUUUACGUCCAUCCGUACUAUAACAGAAGAACUUUCGUAAAUGAUGUGGCCAUUCUGAAACUAAAAAAGCCAGUCGCCUUCGGAACAUACAUCCAGCCCAUAGAGCUAGCCACGUCCGCCAUGGAUGUGUCACUGAACACAUGUUACAUAACAGGGUGGGGCCUCCGCGACAACAAAGUGCCUAAGACGGCGGCGUCCAUUCUCCAGCAGGCGGCAGUAUCUGUCAUCUCUAACGACGAGUGCCAGAAAGGGCUAAGUAACCAAGUAACCGACGACAUGAUAUGUACUGAAGAUCCUUCGAGGGCCACAUGUUACGGCGACAGUGGCGGCCCCUUACAGUGUGAAAUCGAGGCUGGAAGAUGGGUUCAGGUCGGCAUAACGUCAUGGGGAAACAAGGAAUGUUUGGAUGGACCAUCCGUAUACAGCCGAGUAUCCUACAACAGAGCUUGGAUUAUUAAAAAGAUGUGAUGAUGAUAACUAAUGCCAACACGUCCAUUAAUGGCAAAUCACAAAAAGCGACACAUUCAUUAUGGACCAAUCAGUGAAAACGAAUUAUGCAAAUGCUAACACUCCAAAGAAAUGUAAUUACUGUUGACCAACCGUUGGCAAGAACAUGUCCGUUUAACUAACAAAAAUAUUUACUUAAUACAGCGAAUCUAAUUUUAGACCAACCAAUGACAAUAAAACAUUCAUUAUAGACUAAUCAGUGAUGACAGGAUAUACGUCUGGAAACCGGUUAUAGGCUCAAAAAUAUUUACUUUAUACAGCGAAUCCAAUCAAUUAUGACGUCACUUUCUUUGUAAACUAACCAAUGACAAGGAUGAAUCAAUUUUAGACCAACCAAUGCCAAUAAAAGACACGAUAUACGUC